AUGCGGAGCUGCAAGAUGGUGCGGGUGGCCAGCGUGCUGGGGCUCGUCAUGCUCAGCGUGGCGCUGCUCAUCCUGUCCCUCAUCAGCUACGUCUCGCUCAAGAAGGACAACAUCUUCGGGGCGCCCCGCGCCGCCGGGCCCCGCAUGUACAUGUUCCACGCGGGAUUCCGGUCUCAGUUUGCACUGAAGUUCCUGGACCCCUCGUUCGUCCCCCUCACCAACUCCCUGGGCCAAGAGCUGCAGGACAAGCCCUCCAAAUGGGUCUUCAACAGGAGCGCCUUCGCCCACCAGAGGCAAGAAAUCCUUCAGCAUGUUGAUGUCAUCAAAAACUUUUCUCUGAUCAAGAGCAGCGUUCGGAUCGGGCAGCUGAUGCACUACGAUUACUCCAGCCAUAAGUAUGUUUUCUCCAUCAGCAAUAACUUCAGGUCUCUGCUUCCUGACGUGUCUCCCAUCUUGAACAAGCACUACAACAUCUGCGCCGUGGUCGGCAACAGCGGGAUCCUGACCGGGAGCCAGUGCGGGCAGGAAAUUGAUAAAUCGGAUUUUGUCUUUCGGUGCAACUUUGCUCCAACCGAGGCUUUCCAGAAAGAUGUUGGAAGGAAAACCAACCUUACCACCUUCAACCCCAGCAUCCUGGAGAAGUAUUACAACAACCUCUUGACCAUUCAGGAUCGCAACAACUUCUUUUUAAGUUUGAAAAAGCUCGAUGGGGCCAUCCUUUGGAUCCCCGCUUUUUUCUUCCACACGUCGGCGACAGUCACAAGAACGCUGGUUGACUUCUUUGUUGAGCACAGAGGGCAGCUAAAGGUCCAGCUGGCUUGGCCAGGAAAUAUCAUGCAGCACGUUAACAGGUACUGGAGGAACAAGCACCUGUCCCCGAAGCGGCUGAGCACAGGUAUCCUCAUGUACACCCUGGCUUCGGCCAUCUGCGACGAGAUCCACCUCUACGGGUUCUGGCCCUUCGCCUUCGACCCCAACACGCGGGAGGACCUGCCGUACCACUACUACGACAAGAAGGGAACCAAGUUCACCACCAAGUGGCAGGAGUCCCACCAGCUGCCUGCAGAGUUCCAGCUGCUCUACAGGAUGCACGGUGAAGGACUGGCCAAACUCACCUUGUCGCAUUGUGCCUAA